UUUAUGUCGCUGCAUUGUGAACAAUGCAAUGAAGAGGCGACCAACUUUACAGCCCUUAAUCGGCAUAUGCGUGCUGAACACAACGUGCGAGGCUGCGUCAGAUGUUGUAAUAAGCAAUUUUCUAAGCAUGGCUUACUUGUUGAGCACACACACGCCCAUUUAAAUCCUGCAUGUUAUAGUGAGAACUGUAGUCGUGUAUUUCCCGAUCGUAAGUCCAUGCGUAAUCAUUUUCUUAUGAAACAUCAAAAGGAUGAAGACAAAACACUUGCUUGUUCUCAGUGUCCCAGCAAAUUUGUUACUGUGUACCUAUUACAGUGUCACAAAGUGUAAUUA